AUGUCGCUUGUUCUUGGUGCUGAUGCUCUGGGUUUGAGUAUCUAUGAGCCUGAUAAUCUGUUAAACCCCAAAGUUGGGUUCCCAUGUCCGGAAAUUCGAAACUCUUUUCACGGUAAGGCGUUUAUAAUCCAACCAGCAGAAAAGACUGCAAAGGAAUUCUACAUCUCGGUGGAGAAAUCCAAGAUUAAUAAGCACAUUUUGGCGUUGCUCACCGGCAAUCAUGAGCUGUACAUGCGUAGAAGGAAGUUUGACUAUCGAAGUGUAGUAGAUGAAGGCACAGGCAAAACGGGACGUGAAUUGAAGGAGGAACAUUUACCCUGGUGA